AUAAAAACAAAAAGAAAAAAAAAGAAGCUGAAAACGCUUCAGGUUUGUUGGCAUUCAACUCACGAGCUCCUGUGUGAAAUGUGUGAGAAGAUAAAAAAGGUCCACAGCUGGCUGAGUGAAGUGUUUCGGGAUGAAGCAGUGCCGCAGUUUGAGGUGAACACGCGCACAGUGGACGUGCUGUAUCAGCUGGCCCUGUCCAGUGAGGCUCGGUGCAGAGACACAGAACUGCUCAUUGAAGACCUCCAGCAGAAAGCAUUAGAAUAUCAGGCUGAUUGUGCUUAUUACCAGGAUGCUCUUUUACAAGGUGUUGGCCUUUCUUGUGCGAGUCUGUCACCUACGUGUACAGACUAUCUGUCUACUUUAGUGGACAAUGCAGUAACUCUGGCCAUUAGAGACAUCUCCCUUGGAAGCUUUCUUCCAGCUGUGAAUAACCUGUCAAAUGAGCUCUUUGAGGCUGAAAAGUCAAACAGACAUCUUGAACAGGAACUCAAGGUGCUAAGGAAAAGGCUUAGUACUACUUUGGUUCUCCGCGGGAACUUACAAGAGGAUAUCAACAAAACUAUAAAAACACAGGCUGUGGAGAAUGCAAAUGCAGAGGAGAGAUUACUCAACAUGGAUUUUGUGACAACAAAAGCAAAAGAGCUCAGCCACAGGCGAGAGAGAGCAGAGGCCCAGCUUUUAUCCAGGAACAUGGAUAAGUCUUUGACCCACCAUUCCAUAGUGCAACUGUCACAGGAAGUUACUGCACUGAAGCAAGAAAUUGUUCCCUUAAAGAAGAAAUUGGAGCCUUAUAUGGACUUGUGCCCGAACCCAUCUCUUGCCCAAGUGAAAAUUUUAGAAGCAAAAAUGGAGUUGGCAUCACUUGAUUCAAAACUAGAGACAAACAUGGAGUUUAAAUGAAUGUCAUUUGUCAGAUUUUAUUUAUGUUGGACUUGGAAAUAAAGC